CCCUGUUCAACGCACAGCCUCUUCUUUCUUCCACCUCUCUUCCUCUCGGCCGAAUCCCUUUUCUUCCUCUCCCCGCGCACUGCCUUCCCUUCCCUUUCCUCUCAAUUUCCUUUCCUCUCCUUCCCUUUCUCCCCGCACAUACACCCAUCCAGCCGAGAGAUUGAGAGUGAUGAUGUCGUGUGAGAGAGAUCGUGAUGGUGAGGAAGAGCCGAAGGUCUAGGUCAGGAGAAACUCGAGGCUUGAGGGAGACCCAACGACCCAUCGAACCUGAGAGAGAACUAAAGGAGGUUUGGACCGAUUGGAGGCACGAUCUCUGGCGAAAUGAAGCGAUUUCCGGCGAAAAUCAGUGGGGAUUUCUGGUGGUUUUCCGAGAAGCCUUUAAAGGCGUUCCGGUCGUAGUAUAUGGUGUUGUAGAAUAUACUGAGGAUAUUAUGACUGAAGCUCAACGCGACGGUUGUAAUGUGUUAGACCGCGGGAUGUCUAUUCCUUUAGGUAUUUUGAUUAUGGCUUCAGACGCUUGUGCCACAUGAUCUUUGUUAAGCCAUUUAUGUUAUGUAUUUAAUUCGAGGAAAGAUUUAAUCAUAUAGUUAUUUAAUGGCUCUUUGUUGUAAUUAUUUAUGAUAGAUGUAUAAGAUGUGAUUUCCGCUAUUAGAUUAUGUUUUCCGCUGCA